AAUUUGACAUUGUUUUUCAAAAAACACUAUAUGAUUUUUUUCUAUUUUGCCUUCAUUCUAAAAUUUCGAGGAACAGGCUUUCACCUUGACGAUUUUAGAUUUUCUUGGGUUUCCAUUGAAGACUUGAAUAGAUUUUUUAUGUAUCAAAUGAUAUGAAUUGCUACUGGGAAGAUACAACAAAGUAACCCAGUCUCUUGAAGUAAGUGCUUGUAGGUGACUAGGCGCGAUGUUAUCUCUAAUUAGAACUCCAUUCCCCAACGUUACAGUUGCUGGACUCCGUUAUCAGAACACUGAUGUUAGGAAAUUUACAAAUUAUAACAUUGGAGUUGCUCUUCCAAAGCUUCAAGUGAAACAACUUUCAGUUUCCUGUUCAAAUUUGACACCGUGGGAACCCACUCCUUUUAUAUAUUCACCUACUGAUGAGGCUGAAGAACCUGAAUAUAAAGAAGAAACACCCAACAUAUUUGAGAACCUUAAGUUUGCGGACACUACAGAAACGCAAGCUGUUGAAUCUGAAAAAAUAGCUCAAAAAAGUAGCAGCCCCUCAAAGGAAGCUGCGGGCUUUCUGAAAUGGCCAUUGUGGGUUCUAGGUCCUACUUUCCUUCUGGUAACUGGCAUGGUUCCAACUUUGUGGCUACCUAUAUCUUCCAUUUUUCUUGGGCCCAACAUUGCCAGUCUGCUUUCGCUUGUUGGGCUAGAUUGCAUCUUUAAUAUUGGUGCAAUGCUAUUCCUUCUUAUGGCCCAUUCUACCACCCAACCAAAGAACCCGACAGAAGCACCCAAAAGUACGGCUCCCUUCAGUUACCAGUUCUGGAACAUGUUUGCUUCAUUAAUAGGCUAUGCUAUUCCCUUGGCAUUAUUCUUCGGGUCAGAAAAGGGCUUCCUUCAACCGCAACUUGCACCCUUCUCAUACUUGGUACUCUUGGGCCCUUACCUUCUGCUUCUAUCGGUGCAGAUAUUAACUGAACUGCUGACUUGGCAUUGGCAAUCGCCUGUGUGGCUUGUAACUCCUGUCAUUUAUGAGGCUUAUCGAGUGCUGCAGCUCAUGAGGGGUUUAAAACUUAGUGCAGAGAUUACUGCACCUGCAUGGAUGAUGCACACUAUGAGGGGGUUAGUCUGUUGGUGGGUUCUGAUUCUCGGAUUGCAGCUCAUGAGGGUUGCAUGGUUUGCGGGCUUUACUGCUAGAUCGCGUCAACAGCAGAAAUGAUCACACCUGUAGGAGAUUAUUAUCAGCUUUCAGAUUUUGGUCAUAUAGCUUUCUUCAGGGGAUGGAGUUUUUUCUAUUUAGUGUCAAGGAGUUUGGUCGAAUGAAGAAUCACAGUAGUGCAUGCAAGGAAUGGAAUUAUGUAGUACGAAUAUGCUUAUAGACUUAUUGUGAAAUUUAUUUAUGCCUGUACUAUAAAUGUCAAUUUGAAGUGACUUCCAUGAAAAUAAAUAAGUUUUAUCCUCA